CUGAUUGUAUGAUUCUAUGAUAUACAGAAAUUAGGCCAGGCUGCCAGACCAAAGCUUUCCAAAGCCUCCCCCAGCUCCGCGUCAGCAGGCACAGGAGCAGGCCCAACUGCCCCCACCCACAGGAUGAGCCUACUGGGCCUUGAUGCCCACCCCCCGCCUAUGCUUCGCUGCCCUCCUACUGCUAGGCCCAGGCGCACAGCCAAGGCCACAAGCUCCCCACAAACUAGAGACAUAAGAGCAGAGAGAAGGGAGAAAGCAUUUGUUUCUAAACCAGUGCUUUCUUUUCUUCAGAAGAUCUGGUUUUUGGGACGGCCAUUUUCACACCUUUUUGUCAGCAGCUCCUAACACACCUGCAAAUUUUAGCUCAGAGCAUGGAACAGAGGAGGAUUUACUCCUCUGACCUCCCUUUGGCAGAACAGCUUCAGUUGUUCCAUCUAGAUAUGCACACAAAGAAAUGCAUACAAGUUUCACCCUUUACAGUUGAUACAGACUGGUAACUGCAAGAAAAGAGUGGCUAGAGGUACAGGAUAUUUAGGGGUAAAGUUAAUAUAUAAAUAUAUCAUGAAUGAAUGUCCUUCCUUCACAUUGCCACUUGCAUUCAAGUGUAUUUAUAUUUUUUUUUAUAUAUAUAUAUGUAUAUGUUUGUUUUUUUAUCUUGUCUGUUCCCCCAGGAGAAGCCCAAAAGAAAAAGAGAGAUGGCCAAAUUGACAGAGUCAAUGACUAACGUACUGGAAGAAGACUCAAUGGAGCAGGACAUAGAAAGCCCUGUCACCAUUCAUCAGCCAAAGUUGCCCAAACAAGCUAGAGAGGAUCUGCCAAAAAAUAUAAACAAAGAAUGUGCCAAAAGAAAAAUCCAGAGGUAUGUUAGGAAAGACGGGAAAUGCAACGUCCACCAUGGGAAUGUCAGAGAGACUUACCGUUACUUGACUGACAUCUUCACUACCUUAGUCGAUCUCAAGUGGAGGUUCAACCUAUUGAUUUUUGUCAUGGUUUACACUGUGACUUGGCUCUUCUUUGGAAUGAUAUGGUGGCUAAUAGCCUACAUGCGAGGAGAUAUGGAUCACAUAGGGGACAGCACGUGGACUCCAUGCGUCAGCAACCUCAAUGGGUUUGUCUCAGCCUUUUUAUUCUCAAUCGAGACAGAAACCACCAUUGGGUAUGGUUACCGGGUCAUCACGGACAAGUGUCCCGAGGGAAUCAUUCUGCUUUUAGUGCAGUCUGUUUUAGGUUCUAUCGUCAACGCUUUCAUGGUUGGCUGCAUGUUUGUGAAAAUAUCCCAACCCAAGAAGAGGGCAGAAACCUUGGUUUUCUCUACAAAUGCAGUUAUUUCCAUGCGGGAUGGAAAGCUGUGUCUGAUGUUCCGAGUAGGAGACCUUAGGAAUUCACACAUUGUAGAGGCAUCAAUACGAGCCAAGUUGAUCAAAUCCAAACAGACAAAGGAGGGGGAAUUUAUACCACUCAACCAGACAGAUAUCAACGUAGGUUAUUACACAGGGGAUGAUCGUCUCUUUUUGGUUUCACCACUGAUCAUCAGCCAUGAAAUUAACCAGCAGAGUCCUUUCUGGGAGAUUUCCAAAGCCCAGUUGCCCAAAGAGGAGCUAGAAAUUGUUGUAAUCCUAGAAGGAAUGGUGGAGGCAACAGGAAUGACUUGCCAAGCCCGAAGUUCAUACAUUACGAGUGAGAUCCUGUGGGGUUAUCGCUUCACCCCUGUCCUCACUCUGGAGGAUGGGUUUUAUGAAGUUGACUACAACAGUUUUCAUGAAACAUACGAGACCAACACACCAGUUUACAGUGCCAAAGAGCUAGCAGAGAUGGCCAGUCGAGCAGAACUGCCCCUGACAUGGUCUGUUUCCAGCAAGCUGGACCAGCAUGCCGAGCUGGAAACUGAAGAAGAAGAAAAGAAUCAAGAAGACCAAAAUGAAAGAAACGGUGAUGUGGCCAACUUGGAGAAUGAAUCCAAAGUGUAGAACUACUGGAGGCAUAGAAGCCACAUCACCUCCUUUAUUGUCUCCCUCUUUGCUCCCCCUCUCUUUCUCCAACAUACUUUGGGUUUGGGUUUUUUGUUUUGUCUUUUUUCUUCUUCCUUGUUAUUCUUAAUUCUGGGAAAAUAGAUACUUAAGAUGAGAAAUAUCUACUUGCCCAACUUAAACCCAAGAAAUUCACAGACCAAGCAAAGGCAUGUGUUAAAGCUGCAAUACCCAUUAUUAACAGUGCAAUUAUGAUCCCCACCCUGGUAAUGAGUGCUGACUUCCUUGGCACCUCUCUGAGUCCAGACCUCCAGGUUUAUUCAUGUCAACAACAACUGCAACAACAAAACAUGACGGGAAUGCAUAUAAGAGAUUUAAAAGGAAAGACUGAUUAAUGUUCAAAGCACUGGACUUUGGCUCCAGUUUUUUAUACAUUUUAGAACAGGAAGAGUUUCCCAUAAUGAUCGACAAGCCCCUGUAAAAUGGGCCUUGCAGCUUUAAGAUAAAGGUGAGCAGAGGGAUCUGCAACCCAAUACGAUACUGUACAUAUGCCUUAUGUAAUUAUUUUUGCUUCACAUUUAGUAAUAAACACUGCAUGUACAAAAGUACUGUAGUAAAGAACUUCUAAAUAAUGUACAUAUAUGUGUAAUGAACAUAGGCUUAGAAACAGAGUUCUAGAACUAUCGAGAUGCAAAAACUAACUACCCAUUGAGUAGGCAUCUGUCUUCUAAUAUUUGGAUUGCAAUAUUGAUUUUUUUCCCCCCUCCUCUAUCUAUGGCUCUACUAGUGCAUGACAUUUUCUUCAGUGUACCAGACUGGCAGCUAUUUAGAGUACCUCACUGUUUGCAAAACAGAUCAUUUUAUUGACUCUAAAAAGCCAUAAGUCUGGAAGAGGGCAAGGUAAAGAAAUGGUAACAUUACUGAUAUACUGUGAAAAUGUUUACAAAUAAGGCAAACCAUUCCUGGGGGCUUUUUUGUCAGUUCAACCUUAAAUUUAUGCUGUGGCAAGCUCAUGGCAAAACAGAAUUUCCUGUAUACUCUUAAUAUAGCAAGCAUGUUUCAUGUGAAGGUAUUUGCCCUUUAUGUGCAAUAUCUAGGGAAACUUCUCCCUUUCCCCAACCCAAACCACAGGAUUUCAGCAGAGUAGUUUGCUAUAGAAACAGCAAAAGCCAUUGAAAACCAAACGUUGCACCUUAGGGAGUAGAUUUUUAGCUACUCAACAGGGAAAGAAACCACUGAAUUUCAUUUGAAGUCAUAAUUAAUGAAAACCACUUGUUGAGAGUGUCGGUGCUUGGCCAGUCUGGCAGAGUCAUGGGUGGUGCAACAUCCCUGGGUAUACGCUUCAACAGGGUCUCUCAGCCAAACACACAGCUCCUGCCACCCAUGCUCAGAAGAGUGGUUCCCUGACACCUUUCUUCACCUUAGGUUAGCUCCUUGGCUAUUGUAAAUCAGUGUAAAUCCUGUACAUUUCCACACGACAGCUUUCCAAUGAGCGAGACAGUGACAAUUUCCAUAGCUUACACGGCCAGGCUCCCGCAAGCAGGAGAGCUGAUGUGCACCAUCACAGUUUCACGGACAGGCACCGCAAGGAGCUGCCCGCAUGACGCAGCAUUGCCCAGUGCUAAGGACCGCUCAGUCAGGCCCAGCGUGCAUAAAAUACUACCUGUUGAAAAGAGACUGCAUUGCUUUCAGUGGGCUUUUGCUCAAGCCCAUUAAGAAUAGCACUUCUAUCAGUGACAGAGAAGAAGCUGCAGCCUUAAUUUUGGUUUUUAUACCUGCCUACUCUGGAAAGGAAGAACACACUGAAGGAGAGGGUUGUUUUUUUCUUCACAGACACAUUUAUGUUAAAACAGAAAACUCAGGAGAACUUUAGUGGGCAGGUGGAAAUUUUGCACUGUGAUGUAUCUUUCUCAUCAAAUCCACAUCUCCUUUCUUGUUUUGCUAUUUUUUUCUGAAACAACUGCCCCUUGCUAAUUUUCACAGUGUGCCAAUCAGUGGGGCUGUCUGCAGGACCUCUAGCUGUGCCUAACGCUCAGGUGGGCAGAGUAGGGUGUUAGGAAUGGCUUGCUUGCUCACCACGGCCUGGCAGACCAAGUUGGAUGUAAAGAUGUUUUUGUUUCAGCUCUGAACAUGUUCCCUAAAAAGCUCUCACAAAGUAGCAUGAUGUAAGGAACGAUGUAGAAUAUGGAUUUUUGCUCCCUCCGCCUGGGAUGGCUGAUUCUGCCCACUCAGAAAAGGUUCCUUACGCUCAACCUCUGUAAGACAGCAGACAUUUCAGAACACAUUCUUCUGCCCUGGCAUCAGCAGCUGCCAAGUGCUCCAGUUCAUCCAUCACAACCCCAUUCUUCAGGCUACCCUUGAAGGGUACUGAGCAUUUUUAAGGACGAGUGACUCCACAGCUCCACCGGCAAACAGAAGCCUUAUAGCAGAAGAGCCAGGGGUAGCACAUCAUCGCCAGUGAUGAACCACCUGUGCAUGUCGGUCCUAGUGAAAGGUGCAUGAGCUGAAAGCAAGGAAUUCCUCUGAGGAUAAACCUGCUUUUUGCUCUUGUAAUUUACUGGGCCUCUGUGAAAUUCAUUGCUGCAGUUUAACAACAACAAAAAAACCAACCAAUAUAUGUUAAUUAGAACAGCAGCUCAGGGCCCUAAUUAAAUCUUUUUUGUGUCCUUUAGCACAAAAAAAAAAGACUUUCUGCCGCUGGGGCAUGCGCAUGUGUAAGCUAUAUUUUGGUGAGUAGGGCACUUAAACUUUAAGGUGUGUGUGUUUGUCUCUCUCUCUGCCCCCCACCCUGUAUUUUAUUGUCUUUGGUAUUAAGGUAGUACGGACUGUAAAGUUUACAAAAAAUCUCAUUUUUGUAAUAUAAGCUUAAAAAAAAAAACAGAAGCCUCCAAAGCUUUCAAUGGGAAGCUUCACAUAAACUUUGUACUAGAAUGUCCCUAUCAAACACCUCUAUUUUUCUACAACUAUUGAUUAAGCAGUUCAACAAUGUAUUUUGUGUCAAUGAUUUCAACUUGAACUGGUAAAAAGACAAUUAAGAAUUGAAUGCUGUUAAUUAACAAUGGAUUUUCAAGCCGUAUAUACUGAGUGGUGUUUUCAUUAACAGUAAAUAGCUUCAUCUGGGAACUUCAUCUCCUGGUUCUAAACAACAUAUUGUGAAGUACCGGUACCCCCUGGGAAUGUUUUUGGCAAAUAACAUUUAAGGAACAUGAAUAAUGCAACAUUUAAAUAUAAUUGACUACAUAAUUGCUCAAGAUACCUUACAUCUUUAUAUAUACAUUUUGAUGUCUCUUUUUCCUCAGAGUAUCUUGUGAGUUCCAGGAGCAAAAGAAUUUACAGAGACAAAUGUGAGCUCUCACUAAUCCACUGCAGAUCUCAAUUCCUUCUUCUAAUGAACAGAAGUGCCAAAGGGGUUCUUUGUACAGACUUCAUGAACAGUAUUGCCCAGUCCUUUCUGCUUCCUCCUUGCUUUUUUCUUUCCUUAUUUUUUGCUGAUGUGGGUUUUGUUUUGUUUUUCAAUAGCAGACUAAUAGUUUCUUCCUCACCCAAGUUUCCAAACCAGAUCUUUCAGGUGUUGAUAGCAGAAGCAGGCAUACUUCUUUUAAUGGAGCAAUACAAAUGUGUACCAGGUGAGAAUCUGGCCAUCAGCAACUACUUGAAGCUCUAGCUUAUUAUUUAGUAAUAAAUAUCAUCUUAUCAGUAUGAAAGUAAA